AUGUUCAGUGCUGGCUGGUCGACUCAGUUUGAUUCCGUAACCCCCACCAUCUUUUCCUUCCUAUUUUCUUCCGCCCUCCCAUUUUUUUCUUCAUUCAUUCAUUCAUUCAUUCAUUCAUUCAUUCUCCAUCUGCCGUUCCCUCAACUCCUUCCUUCUCCACACAGUUUUCCUUCUUUCUUUCCUUCCAGCUAUCCUUCCCUUCAAAACCGUAGCCGCCACCUCGACAAUCUUCGACACGAUUCGUCCCUCUUGUCAUCUAUCCAUCCGUACAUCCAUCCAGUCAUCCAACCAGGCAGCUCUCGGAACAAACAACUGGCGACGCAGUCGGCUCGUCCUUUCUUUCUUUUGUAUGUGUGUCCGUCCCUUUUGUUUGUAUUUGGCUCGCAUUUCACAAAUAUGCGCAUACACGCUCCUAUACAUUUUACGCACAUACACUAUCUAUCUAUCUAUCUAUCUAUCUAUCCGUUUGUCUAUAAAACCAUCGAGUCUUUCUUUGGUUAUUGA